AUGAGCUGCAGAAAGUCUAAGUGCGUUACAAAGAGACGGACCUUUGGAGUCUUUCAGGGCUGUUUGGGGGAGGCCGUGUCGGCGGCGUCGGCCGUGUCGGCCGUGUCGGCAGUGUCGGCCGCGUCGGCCGCGUCGGCGGCGUCGGCCGCGUCGGCGGCGUCGGCCGUGUCGGCCGUGUCGGCCGUGUCGGCCGUGUCGGCGGCGUCGGCGGCGUCGGCCGUGUCGGCCGUGUCGGCCGUGUCGGCCGUGUCGGCCGUGUCGGCUGUGUCGGCCGGUCCGGGCGAUGGAAGCGAAUAUGGUGAACCAGUGGAUUCACCAGAGCGUUUACAGAAGAUUUAA